AUGGCCAUCGCUGCUGUCCUAUCCUCGCUACAAGGCAGCGUGAUCGAAUACCCAUGGCACUCGUUAGCAGCUACAGCCAUCCUCGUCCCCAUCCUCUAUGUUGUCAUCAAUGAAUUCAUUCGUUCAGCUGCCCGCGUCAAGGGCAUGAAGGGUCCACGCGGAUUGCCCUUGAUUGGAAAUUUAGCGCAAAUUCGCACAAAUGCUGCAGAGCAGUAUCGUACCUGGUCGAAGACACACGGUCCCGUGUAUCAGAUCCAGCUGGGCAAUAUACCCAUCGUCAUUGUGAACUCUGCUGCAUCGGCGAAGGUGCUUUUUGGUCAGAAUGCACAGGCUUUGAGUUCCAGGCCUGAGACUUAUACUUUCCAUAAGAUUGUUUCCAACACGGCUGGCACGACCAUUGGCACCUCGCCCUACAGUGAUUCCCUCAAACGACGCAGAAAGGGUGCCGCGUCGGCUCUCAACCGCCCAUCCGUCGAGACAUAUGUAUCGCACCUGGAUGUCGAGUCGAAAGCGUUUGUGGAAGAGCUAUAUCGAUACGGAAAGCAGGGGAAAGCACCUGUCGAUCCCAUGCCCAUGAUUCAGCGUCUGAGUUUGAGUCUAGCUCUGACUCUGAACUGGGGGGUGCGCAUUGCGUCACAGGAAGAGGAGUUGUUCGAUGAAAUCACGGAGGUGGAAGAAGAGAUCAGCAGGUUCCGGAGUACAACGGGGAAUCUGCAGGACUACAUCCCUCUUCUGCGAUUGAACCCCUUCAGUUCCAAUUCGAAGAAAGCCGCGGAGAUGAGAAUCCGUCGUGAUAAGUAUCUCGGUGCGCUGAACCGUGACUUGGACGAUCGUAUGGCGAAGGGGACACAUAAGCCCUGCAUCCAGGCUAAUGUCAUUCUGGAUAAGGAGGCCAAGCUGAACAGCGAAGAAUUGACAUCGAUUAGCUUGACUAUGCUGUCUGGCGGGCUUGAUACUGUUACCACCUUGGUAGCGUGGAGUUUAGGGUUACUGGCUCAGCGCCCUGAUAUUCAGGACAGGGCCGCCAAGGCCAUCCAGGAGAUCUACGGCCAGGAUGAGCCCAUGUGUUCUGCUGAUGACGACCAGAAAUGUGCGUAUAUCGUCGCUUUGGUCAGGGAAUGUCUUCGGUUCUUUACUGUGUUGCGAUUGGCACUGCCGCGCACCUCGAUCAGGGAUAUCACAUAUAAGGGAAUCGUCAUCCCCAAGGGCACAGUGUUCUUUUUGAAUGCGUGGGCUUGCAACAUGGACCCCGACGUGUGGACUGACCCGGAUGAGUUCCGUCCCGAGCGUUGGCUCGAGCAGCCCGACGCACCUCUCUUCACCUACGGCCUGGGCUACCGAAUGUGCGCUGGCUCGUUGCUAGCCAAUCGCGAGCUCUACCUUGUCUUCAUCCGCACACUCAACAGUUUCCGCCUCGAACCGCAUGAUAAAACAGACUGCCACCCGGUCCGGGGUAACUCGGAUCCGACUAGCUUGGUGGCCAUUCCUCACAAAUAUAAGGUCCGCUUUGUACCGAAGAAUGAGAAGGCUCUGUCAAAGGUUCUUAUGCAGUGA